AUGUAUUUGUUGUUGCCGCUACCUUCAACUGCAACUAGGCAAAUAACCGUGACUGUGUUUUACGGCGAUGGAAGUGGUCUUCCUAUGCCAUACAAUGUUAGUUUGCUAAAGCAAGGUUGUUGUAAAGAUCUUAGUGAACAACUAAGUAAUGCUUAUUGCUUGAAUGCUGAUGAGAUUCUUCUGCUUGCAGAGGUUUAUGAACAUAAGAUUUUUUGCUAUUUGGAAAACCCCUCAAAGCUAUUGGCUCCAAUUAAGGAGGAUGACCAUAUUGUGGCUUAUAGACUUUCUAAAAACGUCGUGGGAAGAUCCAAAGUUGAAAUAAUUCAUCGACCACAUGAAAAGUGCCCGUCAGACAGUGUUAAGGGUUGUCAGGGAAAGCUUAUCGGUACCCCUUUUGUUACUUAUUUAAAAGAGCCAAUAUGUGGAGCCAAUGUUGAAGCCACUGUUACUAGAUUGUUGUCACCUUUGAAGAGAAUGCCUCCUUCAGUUAAGCUCCAGAAUGGUAAGGAAAAUGGAUUUGAAAAAGAGGUUAUUGAAGAACCAUCAAACAGCUACAAUUCUAAGAACCUGUCAAUUGAUGAUGCAGAAGUAGAGGAAAAAUCCAGCGAAGCGUUAUUUCUUUGUGUUGAAAGUAGUAACUUUUAGACUCCUUGAAUACUUAAAGAAUAUUUUGUUGUUGAUGACAGUGUUGAAUGUUUUAAACUAAAUUGUGGAUUGUUAAUUCAAUGUAGAAUGUUCUUACUUUUUGUUA